GUAGCUGUAGCGCCAAAUUUGUAGCGCCAAAUUUGUAUGGGAUGCUGUAUGAUGGGUUUAUGCUGGCACUCGGGGAGGCAGCUUCGUUUCCGACUACAAGCCUCGGGGAUGGCGUUGAACACCGAGCCGCAUUCGACUUAACCCCCUCACUCUUCAGGCAACACCAUCACUUUGCAUCACGGGCUUUUCGCACAGAUAUUAUACCAAUCUCAAAAUGGAAGGUGUAAGGCUGGAGGAAGUCAAGGGUUCCAGGCCUGUCCUCGGCCAACAGGAAGCAACCCAUGGUAAGCCAGUCCUUCCCUUGACUCAGUUGAGUCGUUUCAAGCGGAUGUGCUCACGCUGCUCUGCUUUAUCAAGCUUUCCAGCGUAAGCUGCUUCAGUUCUGGUGUUCGGGCGGAUCCGACCACUACAUCUGAAAAUCUGACUCCCAUAGCUUGAUUUCCAAUCAAUACACCAACAUCGAAGUCAACUUGAAGUGCAACAUUCAUCAGCACUCAAUCAUGGCCAUCCCCAGUUGGAUUCCGCCUCCACCUCUGGAUCAUGACACAUUGCGAAACCCUCCACCAUUCGAACCAUUUCCACUCGUUCAGAUACGCAGUGGCAAAGCCAAGAAGUCUCUCGGAAACGGCCGCAUCGAAACGGCCAUCUUCAAGGCACCCAUAUCAGGACCUGUUGCGAUCAAUGAGGAUGGCAUCGUCGGUGACGAACACGCUUACGAGCCACAUCGCAGCCGAGACAGAGCACUCCUGCAUUACUGCACCUCCCACUAUGAUGACUGGGCAAAGGAGAUCCCAGCCUCAGAGGCGCACUUCAAGCCCGGUGCCUUUGGCGAGAACAUCUUUAACACCGAAGUAAACGAAAAGAACCUAUGCAUUGGCGACCGCCUCGCCAUUGGCGAAAUCAUCGUCGAGGUUACCAUGCCUCGAGCACCCUGCUAUAAACUCAACCACCGCUUCGAAGUCAAGGACAUGGCCAAGCGCUCCCAGACCCUCUUUCGCACUGGAUGGUUGUACCGCAUCAUCAAACCUGGUCACGUUGCUGCUGGAGACAUGGUCUGUCUACUCGAGCGACCGCACCCUGACUGGACUGUGGCAAGAGUCAUGUACUACCUGUUCAUCGAAACUGACAACAAUGAGAUGAUGGAGGAGGUUGUAGAGAUUCCACAGCUCGGCGAAGAGAUUAAGGCCAUGUUUCAGGCCCGGUUGGCGAAGGGUGUCACAGAAGACCAGAAUGGAAGGAUGUAUGGAGGUGCAGAAGACAAGAUGGAUGCGUGGUACGAAUGUCGCGUUGUCGAGAAGCGCAAGGAAACGAGCAACGUCACAGCGUUUGUGCUCGAGACCAUUGAAGACCUCCCAGACGCUACACCAGUUGAGCCUGGUAGCCAUGUCCGACUCAAACUAGGCGGCAAGCUAGUUCGUGCGUACUCAGUCACCAGUGGUACCACAAAGCGCUUCGAGCUCGGCAUUGCCCUCGACGCCAACAGCCGAGGCGGUUCAAAGUACUUGCACAGGCAAGUCCAGGUCGGAGACGUUGUCACUGCAGGACGUAUCACCGCCUCCUUCCCUCUAGCUCUCGACGCAGACAAGCACAUCAUCAUCGCAGGCGGCAUCGGCAUCACUGCCUUCCUCCCUGCACUGGCCCAUCUCAGAGACACGAAGCAGAACUUCCGUCUGCACUAUGCUGUAUCGAGCGAAGUGCCGUUCAAGAACCCCAUCGCCGCUCUCGGUCCUAACGUUACGAUUUACAACAGCGCACAAGGCACACGCAUGGACCUCAAAGACAUCCUGUCUCACGCAGACAACCGCACGCACAUCUACACCUGCGGUCCUGCACGUCUAAUGGACGCUGUGGUUGCUACAGCGAAGCACUUCGACAUUCCUGACGCUCUCGUCCACAUGGAGCAGUUCACCGUGACGACUUCUGGCGAUCCAUUUACAGUAGAGCUUAAGCAGAGCAAGAAGAUCAUCGAGGUCGAUGCUACCCAGACCUUGCUCGAUGCCUUGAAGGCAGUCGGUAUGGAUGUUAAUAGCUCUUGUGAGGUGGGAAACUGUGGUACGUGUAAGGUUGAUGUUUGUGAUGGAAGGGUGGAGCACAAGGGCACUGGGCUGCUGAACGAGGAAAAGUGUGGGUCGAUGCUGGCUUGUGUAUCGAGAGGGAUUGGGCGGAUCGUACUUGAUCUCUAGGAGGGCCAGCUACAAGUUACACGGGAGCCUCGAAGAUACGCAGCGAUUAUAGUAUGUGGAUUCAACAGAAGUCA